AGCAAAUAUUAAAUAAUAAUAAUACAUUUAAAAAAAAAAACUAGGAGAGAAAGAAAAUCCCCUCUCUUCUUCUUUCUCUUCUCCUCUGUCGUUUUUAAUUUCGAAAUAACUUUAUUUUUUUCUUGAGACGGAUGAGAGCAAGAUGAGAACAAUAUGCGAUGCGUGUGAGAGUGCAGCUGCUGUGCUCUUCUGUGCUGCUGAUGAGGCUGCCCUCUGCACUUCCUGCGAUCACAAGGUCCACAUGUGUAACAAGCUUGCCAGCCGGCAUGUGCGAGUAGGACUUGCUGACCCCAGUGAAGUUCCUCGCUGUGAUAUAUGCGAAAAUGCUCCUGCUUUCUUUUACUGUGAGAUAGAUGGAACUUCCCUUUGCUUGCAAUGUGAUAUGAUUGUACAUGUCGGAGGAAAAAGAAGCCAUGGAAGGUAUCUCCUGCUAAGGCAGAUGGUUGAGUUUCCUGGGGAUAUACAAAGCCAUGUUGAAAAUGGAAAGGAUCAGAAUCAUGAGUUGAUAAUGAAAGAGAGAAUGCAAAAUCACAUGGUAUCAGCUGCUGCUCCUUUAGAUGCUAACAGUGAUGGUCAUGGAAAGAUUGGCACAAAGAUGAUUGAUCUAAACACGAGACCUUAUCGAACCCUUGGGCAGGCAUCAAGCUCUAGGGGCAUGGAUCAUCUGAGAGAAAGCAACAACAAUGGUUCAUGAUUACAUCCUUUUGAGGGAAUCCAGAGAACAGAUGUUAGUAGUGAGGUAUAAUUCAAUAGUGGUGUUAUGUAUUACCCUUCACUCUUUUGUUUCAUUGUAGCAGUAACAGUUUUCACUGAAUAUAUAUACCUUCUGAAAUUCGGCGUUUUAUUUUC